AUGGGAGAAGGAUCGGCUAUUCCGAGAAAUGCUAAACAUAUUCCAAGUCUGAUGCUGGAUGGGUCCUCUCGAAUUGCUGCUGAGGCCCAGGACUCGAAGCAAAAAGCAAUGAUUCGUGGCGAGCUCUCCUAUAGACCUAGUUUCUUCGCGGUUGUGGUUUUUGUAACCAUUGCUUUUCUGAUCUUGAAAUGCGCCGUACACUUAGCUGCACAUCGACCAAAGUCUGUCAGGUCUCUUGCUGGAGGUGACAACGACCAGCAAAGGCCCCUUUUGGAGGAUGGCUCUUCUGGAAGUGAGGAGUGCGACGGACUAGAAAGUAGAAGCUCAUCAGGUGCCCGUCCAAAAGAAGGCAAGCGGAGCCAAGGACUCGGCUGGAAGUUUUGGAAACGUCAACCCGGGAGGCCAGGGCCAAAAUACAAGAGACAAAAAGACGAUGACGAAAGCUCGCCUCUGCCGAAGCCGUCUACUUUGGAGGAACCGAAGCAAGAAGACAAUAACGACAGCUCGCCUCAGCCGAAGCCUUCUACUUCGAAGGAACCUAAGCAUACCAGCAGAAGGCCGCCAACUCUUCCUUUGCCGAAGCCGUCUAGUUCGAAGGAACCUGAAGAUGCCAGCAGGAGGCCGCAAACUUUCCCACAAAGGCGCAGAAGGAGCAGACUAACUAUUAAGGGCAUGAGAGUUGGAGAUCCAGAAUCUUCUCACUACGACGAACUCUCUCUUCCCUUCAGCCACCCAUUGCUUGGAAUUGGGAAAAGGCACCGAGGCCUGCGAAAUAUUAUGGAAAAAGCUGGAACUACUGCAAGUUCUAUCUGCUUUCCCCACACUAAAAAGAUUCACACUCAUUACACGGCAUGGGUUUCGACUGAUGGUGGGGAAGAAAUUGAAGUUCAUGUUGAAAUAGAAGAGAUAACCAAGAAGAGGGCCAGCCCGUGGACUCGGCUCAGAAUGCUCCUUUCUCUAACUCAUUUUGACCACCGACAGAUGUUGAAGAAGGCACUUCCGCAGAGAGCAAGAGAAGCAGCGCCUCCACGGAGCUCCAAAGGCCAGAUGGUACAGUUUGCAAGGGUCCAGUUUUGCUCAAAGUCUACGCCACAUCCUCCAGCAAGAAACCAGAAGCAAAAGACGAAUAAUUAUUGGAGUUUUUAG